UAUAAGGUUGGUCAUAGACAGUAAGAAACGCUGCUGCUGGUAUCAUUAUUACGAUGGAGGUGUAUGUCCCGAAGAAGGAGGAGAAAUUGGUUGGUGAAGGACUGGUGGAUCUCGAGAGCCUUCCGACUCUGUCUGCUUACCCAGGCAAGUCUAUCAACACGAUCGAGCGGAGAGACAUUCUAGACUUUGGCGAUGAGGGCUUUCUUCUCGAUAAUGCACUCAGUCAGGAGGAGUGCAAAUACUACAUUGACAAGGCGGAGAGAAUGGGACUCGGGCCUAUUCAUGAGGCUAACCAUUCGUACAGGAAUAGUGACCGGAUCAUGGUUAGAUCACCAGGAUUAUCCGAGGCCUUGUUCAAUCGGAUUAAACCGUAUUUGACCGAUAUCAAAAUCUGCGGUGAUCCCAAAAAGAAACACAUCACGGGAAUCGGUUUUCUCUUACAAGGGACUUGGUCCCCCGUUGGACUCAAUGAUGCUUUCAGAAUCUGCCGAUACUACCCUGGAGGACACUUCGCUCCGCACUUUGAUGGACAUUUUGUAAAAGAUUCUAACGAGCGCUCAAUGGUGACGCUCAUGUUGUACCUAAACGGUGGAUUCGAGGGCGGGCCGACGAAUUUUGUGAAUGAGAAGCAGCCUCUCUUCAAAGAUGAGCAAGGGCGUUAUGUUGCUGAGGAGAAAAACAUUUUGUACAGAGUUCAGCCCGAGGCAGGACUAGCUAUUAUCUUCAACCAUCAUCGUCUACACGAGGGAGGUGCGCUGCUUAAAGGAGUAAAGUAUAUUCUGAGGACUGACAUUAUGUACCGGCGAAAUGAGGCAAUGGUGCUAACCCCAAAAGAUGAACAGGGACUACAGCUCAUGCAGGAGGCAGAGAGGUUAGAAGGGGCGCGAGAUGAGCAAAAAGCUGCUGAACUUUACAGAAAGGCGUUUAAGCUUUCUCCUAUGCUUGAGGACUAUUAUAAUACCGGUAGCACUUAAAGAGACGUUUAACGCACUUGACGCUUGAAGACCUUGAGCUAUAUCUACGACUAGUAUAACUCAGUUCGAGCCCUCGCCCCCACCCCACCCAUUCCUUAAUUGAAACUGUAUAAUGCGUUUUCGUGUACCAUAUACCCGUCUACCUUUACGUCCAUGCGAAGAUUGCAGAGGUGUUUUUAAAACUAUGUCGAGUUGUCGUAGUCAUUCUAUAAAAAUGUUCUUAUCAAUAAAUUCGUGAAGUGAGAAAAUCUGUCGUAUUUACAUUCAUAAAGAAGAGUUGGCCAGGUUCCUAAAACCCGUUUUGAUCAAGAGUUAGGAACUUGUUAGGCUCCUUAUCUAUUAUUGAACGCGAUUCCUCUUCCG